AUGAAGACUGAUGAUAAUAACCAACAGGGCCCCCCAAGAACAUCCGGCGAGAGUAGUGGACGUUUAUGGCGUAGCGAGGGACCUCAUAAUUUUCUGGAAAGUAGCCAUGAGGUCAGCAGCUAUUUUGACGUGGUCCAAAUGUUAACAGAAGUAGAGCUUCCUUCUCCAUCACCCAUGCAAGCAACAUCAUGUACUUUAACCGGAGAAGAUUAUUUCGAUGGGUUCCAUCAAGGCCAGUCUAGUGGCACAAAAAACAAGGCUGAUUAUAUUGAAGGAAACUUAAUUGAAAGGGAAAUGGAACUAAGGAGUAAGCAACGUGAUUGUGAUCAACAACCUGGAAGUCCAAGCGAAGCUACCAAAACAAACAUUACGGAGAAGAGGCGCAGGAAUAAAAUAAGUGAAAGAAUAAGAACACUCCAGACAUUUGUUCCCAACUGCAACAAGGAACUAAACUUACAACAUCUACAGAGACACAAAGCAAGUAUUCUAGCUGAUGCCAUUGAGUAUAUCAAAUUUCUGCAAAUGCAAGUCCAGAUGGUGCAAUCUAUGAGAAUUGGUCAUAUGUCACAAGGUCUUAACAUGACACUUGCAAGACAACAGAGUUUGCAAGUACCAAAUUUUGUUGUUCCUAACUUUCCAAUGAACCCAUUAAUUGGUAUGCAACAUGGAAUGCCACAAUUUGGAUCUUAUUUUCCUGUAAACUACCCAAUAUUUCCAACUUCCUUCUUUGGAUUCCGACCAUUAUUGCCACCAAAUGAAGUGCACACACGAUCAUUCCCAUGGGGCCAACCAAGACAUGUUCUAUAUCCUCAACAACAACAGUUUCCAUCACAGACAUCUCAGUCUGUGUAUUCUACACCUUCUUCAGGCACAAUUAUUCCAACAACCUCCUCCAAAGAUGGAUCCUCGGUCCCUGGUCAACCUUUAAGUCAGACUCUUUUUUUAGAUCCUGGAUUAAUCAUUGUAUGCCACUUAACAGGGGACAAAGUAGGAACAACAGCGAGUGCACGCAAGUCCACAAAAUGCCAUGUUUCUAGGAACGUGGUUGAUGGUGUUCCGUGA